AACAAUCUCACCUGUGUUCUUCUUUUACCUUCAAGGUUUAGUCUCUUCAGGGUUUGUUUCUGUUUCAUCAGAACGUUUGGAGAGCUGCUGCCGGUGGUCAAAACCUCCAACAAAACUCUACUGACCCCUCAGAGAGAAGCUGUGCAGCUCUGUCCUCAGGUCUCAGCUCCCAGUCCUCCAGUCAGAGACACCUGGACCUGAGUAACGACGACUGCAGGAUUCAGGACUGAAGUCGUUUAAACUCUGUCAGACGUUUCAUCGGUUUCAUCAGUGUCAGCAGCCUGAACACACAAACACACGCGUCAUGGAGCGUAAACUGGAUCUGUCGCGUCUGUCGGACGACGAGGCCAAACACGUCUGGGAGGUUAUUCAGAGAGACUUUAACCUCCGGAAGAAGGAAGAGGACCGACUCGGCGACCUGAAGACGAAGAUCGAGAAGGAGGACACCAAGCGGGAGCUGCUGGGUUCUCAGACUCACCUGUCGGACUCUCACUGCAUCCGCUGCCUUCAGCCCUUCAAGUUCCUGGUGAACAGCAAGCGUCAGUGUCUGGACUGUCACCUCUACACCUGCAAGUCCUGCAGCCGCUACAACAAGAAGGAGCACGGCUGGGUGUGUGACAACUGCCGCAUGACCAGGGUGCUGAAAAUCGGUACUGUCGGCUUACACGACAACGUGAGGAAUCGCUUCAAGCGCUUCGGCAGCGCCAAGGUGAUGAGGUCACUGUACAAGAGGCUGAACGGAGACGGUGGUCGUGAUGACGACACUCAGAGUAUGCCGGACGUCCGCAGCCACAUGUAUAACGGUGCCGAGGACGACCGGAGAGCCGAUGUUCAGCGCUACAAAGUGAUGAGGAAGAACAAACGGCUGCUGUCAGUUCAUCCUCUGGACUUUGACCCCGAGGAAUACUUCCCGUAUUCACGCCGACCGUCUGUACAGAUUCAGGAGGAUCGAAGCUACAGGUACGACGUGGACUACGACGACAACCACCGAGCCAACCGCAGGAAGAGUCUGGCCGGAUACGCCAUGAGACCUGACGACUACGGUGAGAACAUGAUGGUCCGGACUCGCUCGCUGUCUAAGAUCAGCUCCUCGGUGGCUCGGCAGCAGUACGUCGACACCUCCGACGAGGACGAGUACCCGAGGUACCCCCCGUUGUACCAACAACCCCCCCACCGCCGCCGAAACAGCAGAGCGUCCUCCCAGGAGAACCUGGGCCAAGCCCCGCCCAUGAACGAGCUGAACAAACGCAUGUCGGCCAUCGAGAGUCUGCUGAACCGCCUGGAGGAGAAGAUGGGUCCUGACGAGACGGCGGCGGCGUCGGGUCCGAACGAGGAGGAGAAGCUGAGGAGGAAGCUGAGCGAGCUGGCGGGGAACCUGAGCGAUAAGAACCUGUCGUCGGACGACGAGGGCGGGAAGAAGUCCUUCUCCGGGGGUAAAGGUGUGAGCGGCAGCCGGGGUGGCCCGGCGGUCACUCUGGACUCUCUGAAGGACAAAGAACUGAGCUCAUCCAGCGACGAGAUGCCAACCGAGGCUCAGAAGGUGUAUGUGGCGGCCGGUCAGUCGUACGAGCUGGAGACGAAGCUGCGACGACUCGAGCAGAGCGCCAAGACUCGCUUCGGCGGGACGACGGACUCGGAGCUGUCGGAGCUGGAGGACGUGGUGGCGCACGCCGCCAGAGUCCAGAGCACCGAGAGCGAGGUGUCGGAUAUCGAGAGUAAGAUUGCUGCUCUAAACGCCGCCGGAUCAAAGAAGAAGGUUUCUGGAUCUCAUCAGAGAAAAAAAAGCAACACAAGGUGUCUCAUGAAGCAGCAACGGAGCUCAGUGGAAGUCGAACAUGUUCUGAACCUGAAACCUGAAACCAGAGAACGGCUCGUUCUUCUCUUCUUCUGUUAAAUCAUCAGAAUCAACAAAACUCUUCUUCAUGUGAUGAAGACCAAAUGUUUUUAACUCUUUAAAUCUCUAUAAAGUCGAACUAAAGCAGUAAAAUAAACCGGAAAUGCAAAAUAUGUGAAAAGAAAAGCUUCUAAAAAAUUUAAAAAAUAUAUAAUAUUUAAAAUGCUGAUAAAUCAAAACAUUUGAGUGAACGUGA